AUGACGUUUACAAACCUAACACUCCUACUGGAGGCCGCCGCCAACCAGGAAAGCAGUGGUCAUAUAGUCUGCUAUCCGCUCCGAAAUACCACCAAACCACACUCAUGGUCCUAUCGUCAGCUGCUGGAAGACGCUCAGAAGGCUUCUUGGGCUCUUCGCCGCCGCCCAGAUUUCUCUCCAGGCCGAGUGGUUCUCAUUCAUCUGGAUACACACUGGGAAAACAUUGUCUGGUUCUGGGCUGUCAGUCUGGCCGGAUGUAUCCCAGCAAUGUCUACAACACUAUCCAACAAUCAUUCAGCACGUAUAUCACAUCUGACACACCUGGCUACCACUUUCAAAGAGCCCAGUUGCCUGACGACAGCCAACAAGAUGUUUGAAUUCGGAGGACAGGAUGCCAUCACGCCCAUUGCUCUCGAAUCGUUGGCUGUGGAUAAAGCCCCAGAUUCAGAAUUGCGCAACAUCUGUCGCAACGCUAAGCCAGACGACAUUGCCAUACUGAUGUUGACUUCCGGAAGCACUAGUCACGCCAAAGCCGUGAUUCUCACGCAUCAGCAGAUCUUUCUGGCACUUGAUAGCAAAUAUAAAGUGGUUCCAUUACCGGAAAAUACUUCGUUUCUGAACUGGGUCCACUGUGAUCAUGUUGCAGCCAUUGUGGAAAUUCAUCUUCAGGCCCUCUUUGCCCAUAAAGAUCAGGUCCAUGUGCAUGCAUCGGAUGUCUUGUCUCACCCCGUGGCUUUUCUCGAUAUCAUAGACCGCCAUCGCGUUUCCCGUACCUUUGCGCCGAACUUCUUCCUUGCUCGCAUUCGUACCGCGCUCGAGGACCAUGGAAACCAUUGUACCACACAUGACUGGGACCUCAGCUGCCUCCGAUAUAUUGCCUCAGGUGGCGAGGCAAAUGUCACCAAAACUGGCGCUGCAGUGGUAAAACUGCUGACUAGAUACGGCGCUCCAGAGAGUACUAUUGCUACGGGCUUCGGAAUGACGGAGACCUGCGGCGGUGCCAUCUAUAAUCUGGACUUUCCUAGCUAUGAUAUCAAACAAGGUCUUGAGUUUGCAUCCGCAGGGAAAUGUAUAAGAGGCUUGAACAUGAGAAUCCGUACUGCGGAAAAUAUCAUCGCGCCCAGUGGAACCGUUGGAAAUCUUGAACUGUCGGGGCCGAUACUCUUCAAGGGAUACUUCAACAAUCCAACAGCAAAUGAGCAAUCGUUUACCAGUGAUGGUUGGUUCCAGACCGGCGAUCUGGCUUCCGUCGACGACAAAGGCAAUCUCCACAUGAUUGGAAGAGCCAAAGAAUCGAUGAUUGUAAACGGCGUUAAAUACAGUCCGCAGGAGAUAGAAACCGCGCUAGACCAGCCAGGAGAAAUACCUGGUCUGGUCCCUAGCUUUACAUGUUGUUUUUCCUCGUUUCCCUCAGGAGGUGACACAGAGAUUAUCUGCGUGGUGUAUCUGCCAAGCUAUGCCCCCGAUGAUAACGUCGCGCGGGCGAAAACAGCGGACGCCAUCGCCAAGAUUACCAUGAUGACCACCGGUGCUCGACCGGAAGUUCUUCCUGUGGAUAAAUUACAGUUGCAAAAGUCAGCCUUGGGCAAACUAUCGCGGUCCAAAAUCAAGUCGGCAUUUGAGAAAGGCGAUUAUAAAUCCUAUCAAGAACUUAACUCGGAAUCGAUUAAGCUGCACCGGAAGACGGCUCGCGCCAAUCCUUCAAAUGAACUAGAAGAGAAACUACUUGAUCUGUUCCUUUUUUCUCUUGAAUUGCCCCAAGAGGAGUUCGAUGUACAGUGCUCGCUAUUCGACAUGGGAAUCACCUCGGUAGAACUCAUCAAACUGAAGAAGAAAAUAGAAGAGCAUCUAAAUAUCGCUCAAGAAAUCCCCAUCAUAACCUUGAUGACGAAUCCCACUGUCCGCGACUUAGCCAGUGCACUGAAAUUCCAGCAGACUCAUCAAAAAGCCGGCGAGUAUAGCCCCACAGUUACAUUGCAGUCCCAGGGACAGAAAACACCGCUUUGGCUCGUUCAUCCUGGAGUGGGUGAGGUUCUCGUUUUCCUGAACCUUGCAAAAUUCCUGGCAGACCGGAAGGUCUAUGCUUUGCGCGCUCGUGGCUUCAAUGAAGGUGAAGAGCCCUUUGCGUCCAUUGAAGAGGUUGUUAGCACAUACCAUGCCGCCAUCAAACGAGAGCAACCAUAUGGACCGUAUGCCUUGGCAGGUUAUUCAUAUGGUACUAUGCUGGCGUUUGAAGUAGGCAAAGUAUUGGAGAAUAAUGGAGACGAAGUACGCUUCCUUGGCUCCUUCAACCUGCCGCCCCAUAUCAAGGCUCGAAUGCGUCAGCUAGAUUACAGAGAAUGCCUCCUCCAUCUCUCCUACUUUCUAGAUCUCAUUACCGAGGAUCGUGCGCGGGAGCUGGCAGUAGAGCUGAAAGAUGCUACCCGGGAAGAUACCCUGACGAAGGUGAUGGUGGAAGCCGAUGAGAAUCGACUAGCCGAACUGGCCCUCUCACCGGAAGCUAUCACGAAAUGGGCUUGCUUGGCCUUUGCUCUACAAAGCAUGGCAGUUGAUUACGAUCCUGUCAGUUCUAUCGCUGGAAUAGAUGUCUUCUACUGCAAUCCUCUGGCGGUAGCGGCUUCUUCAAAAGCUCAAUGGGUAAGUGAGCAUUUGAGUCAAUGGAAAGAUUUCUCACGAUCGCCACCGCGCUUUCACGACGUUGGAGGCGCCCAUUACACCAUGCUAGGACCGGAACACGUCUUUGGCUUUCAAAAGACGUUACGAAAUGCCCUUGAAGCAAGAGGAAUAUGA